AUGGAACAAGUGAAUUCUCCUGGUUGGGAAGCCUAUUUUCUUCAUGAUAAGUUGAGCUUUAUAGGUACAUUUCCAAUAGGCUUCAACUAUCAUCGAAAUAAAACAGUUGAUGAAAUAGCAUUUAUAAAUGAACCUAUUGUGAAUAGUGACAACUUGGCAGAAGGAUGGUUGACAUGUUCCGAUAGCUUGGAAGGAUGGGGCCCAUUAUCGACUAGAUUUGGUGAUUUUACACCUUGUACUUUCCAAGGUAUACUAUGUGGGUUCACAGCCUUGAUGAUGAUAUUGGUAGGCAGUUAUCAAAUCUACUACUUGCGUGGAAAAAAGAAGUCUAUAGGGAAUCGAGUUACUUGGUCUUUUUACGCCAAGUUGAUUUUGGUUACUAUUCAAUUGGUAUUUCAAGUUGCCACCUACUUGAGUUACACCUCUACGGACAUAAUAAAACUUGCCCUAUUGAUGAAUGUGUUUGCUACAGUAGUAAGUUUGGCUAUUCAUUAUUUGGAGCAGUUUAAGUCGAGGAUACCUAAUGGUGUGCUUAUAUUUUAUUGGUUUGUUCAAACGUUACUUGGAUUGGGUAAAAUUUGUAAUUUGAAAUUGAGAAACUCCAUUCACACUAGCUAUGCUCUCUUGACUGUGUUUGCUACUGUCACAUCAUUUUUGAUAUUAUUAAUGGAAAUAAAUUUCCCAAUGCAGCCAUUGGUACCGUUUAAUGUCAAGGUAAAAGUAUCUCCUGUUGAUAAAGCCAAUUUAUUUUCAAGACUUACUUUCCGUUGGUUAGAUGCCCUCAUGAAAAAAGGUUACAUGAAAUACCUAACGGCUCGUGAUUUACCUCCGUUACCCAAGGACUUGAAAUCUGAGAAUACUUAUAGCAGGUUUAGACAUUUUUGGGAUUUACAAACCAAGAAGUCGUUAUUCAAAGCUGUUGGCUUAUCUAUUGCUGCUCAAUUUGCAGUGGCAGGUGUGUUUAAGGCAGCUCAAGAUAUAUUGGCGAAUGUCCAACCUCAUCUUUUGAGACUUUUGAUUGAGUUUGUUAACGACUAUACAGAAGCCAAAAAAAAUGGUCACACAUUACCUUUAACAAGAGGCUUAUUUAUCGCUGGUGGUAUGUUCAUUGUCUCUGUCACACAAACAGCUUGUUUACAUCAGUAUUUUCAAAGAGCCUUUGAUGUCGGAAUGAAAAUAAGAAGCUCUCUUAUCGCCCUGGUUUACAAUAAGUCUUUAAUCUUGUCGAAUGAAACAAAACAAGAAUCAAAUACUGGUGAUAUAGUGAAUUUGAUGUCAGUUGAUGUACAGCGUCUUCUGGAUUUGGCUCAGAAUUUGCAAGUCAUAUGGUCAGGACCCUUUCAAAUCACUAUGUGUUUAUAUUCUUUGCAUGGCUUAUUGGGAAAUGCUAUGUGGGCUGGUGUUGUGAUUAUGAUCAUCAUGAUUCCAUUAAAUGCAACUUUUGCAAGAUAUCAAAAGAAGCUCCAGAAGAGUCAAAUGAAAUUCAAAGACGAGAGAUCUAGAUUGAUAAGUGAGAUUUUGAACAACAUAAAAUCCCUUAAAUUGUAUGCUUGGGAGAAUCCAUAUUUAUCCAAAUUAAAUAUUGUGAGAAAUGAGAAAGAAUUGCGUAACUUGAAGAAAAUGGGUAUCUUUUCUGCUGUUAUCAACUUCAGUUUGACUUUGGCACCCACUCUUGUCAGUUGUUCUACUUUUGCAAUAUUUGUUUUGGUGCUCAAGAAGUCUUUGACUACUGAUAUCGUUUUUCCUGCCUUAUCUUUGUUCAAUUUAUUAAACUUUCCUCUUGCUGUUCUCCCUAUGGUUAUCACGAAUAUCAUUGAAUCCCAAGUAUCCGUUGACAGAUUAUACAAGUUUUUGACUGCUGAUGAGUUGCAACCUGAUAGUGUAAUAAGAGAUUCAAGAACACCAAGUAAGAAUGAACCAGCCGUUUCCAUUCAGAAUGGCACAUUUUUAUGGUCGAAAGUCAAAAGUGGUCAAAAUCUCAAAAUAGCCUUGGAAAAGAUUAACUUGCAAGUUAAGAAAGGCGAAUUAGAUUGUAUCGUUGGAAAAGUUGGUUCUGGAAAAUCAUCAAUGCUUCAGGCCAUGCUUGGUAAUUUAUACAAACUCGAGGGCCAAGUAAAACUCAAAGGUAAAGUCGCCUACGUACCUCAAUCUCCUUGGAUAAUGAAUGGCACUGUGAGAGAAAAUAUUCUCUUUGGACAUAAAUAUGACCCGAAUUUCUAUGAUUUGGUGUUGAGGGCAUGUGCUUUAACAAUUGACUUGAGCACCUUGCCCAAUGGUGAUAAAACUGAAGUUGGUGAAAAAGGUAUCAGUUUAUCAGGGGGUCAAAAGGCAAGAUUGUCGUUGGCGCGAGCAGUUUAUGCUAGAGCUGACGUUUAUUUGAUGGAUGAUCCCCUCUCUGCUGUUGAUGAGCAUGUCCGCAAGCACCUUAUUGAUAAUGUGAUCGGUCCGAGAGGUUUAUUGAAAUCAAAAUGCAGAAUAUUGGCUACCAAUUCAAUUGGCGUUUUAAGUGACGCACAUAAGCUUCACCUUCUUAAAGAUGGAAAAUUAAUUGAACAAGGCACUUAUUAUGAUAUAAUGAAGCAAGAGGACAGCCAGUUACGUAAGUUGAUCCUUGAAUUCGGAUCUAAGAAAUCUGAUAGUGAUGACUAUAGCAACUCUAGUGAAGAAGGUGAAUUGGUGGAGGAGAAUAAGGAUGCUUUGGAAAGCUUGGACUCCGUGGCAGAUAUAGAUUCCAAUAGUUUAAGAAGAGCUUCUGAAGUGACCUUAAGUUCUGAUGAAGAGUAUUCUAUUGAAGGAGAGGAAGAAGAAAGCAGCGAAUCGAAAUCUAGAAGGGAAACCAUGCAACAAGGUAAAGUCAAAUGGAGUGUUUAUAAAGCAUAUGGUUAUGCUUGUAACCCGACUGGUGUUAUCGCUUUUGUUUCAAUGUGUGUUUUAGGAAUGUUUGAUAAUAUUGCGGCCAGCUUUUGGUUGAAGCAUUGGUCUGAAGUUAAUUCGAAGUAUGGCGGAAACCCACACAUCUGGAAAUAUUUGGGUAUUUAUUUCUUCCUAGGAAUGGCAUAUUCUAUUAUUUUAUUGGUUCAAAAUUGUGUUAUGUGGCUCUACUGUACGAUUAAUGCUUCUAAGAAGUUGCAUACUGAAAUGGCUCACAGUGUUUUAAGAGCACCGAUGUCAUUUUUUGAAACAACACCUAUUGGAAGAAUCUUGAAUCGGUUUUCGAGCGAUGUCUUUAAGCUUGAUGAAAUUGUCGGAAGACUGUUCGCCAUGUUCAUUAGUAAUGCUGUUAAGGUCACACUUACAAUUGGCGUAAUUGCAUUUUCAACUUGGCCAAUCAUUUUCUUAUUGGUUCCACUUUCUGUCCUUUAUAUUUAUUAUCAGCAAUAUUAUUUGAAGACAUCGAGAGAACUUAAAAGAUUGGAAUCCGUCUCCAGGUCUCCUAUUUAUGCAAACUUUCAAGAAUCUUUGAACGGGGUCACUACUAUAAGGGCUUACGGUCAAGAGCAUAGGUUUAAGGCUUUGAAUGAGUCAAAAGUCGAUAAGAACACUAGCGCAAACCACCCUUCGAUGAGUGCAAAUAGAUGGUUAGCGGUUCGUUUAGAAUUCUUGGGCUCACUCAUUAUUUUGGGUGCUUCUGGUCUUUCGAUCCUUAACCUUGACUCUGGACGUAUCACUGCUGGAAUGAUUGGUAUUUCUGUUUCUUAUGCACUUCAAAUUACCCAAUCAUUGAAUUGGAUAGUUAGAAUGUCCGUCGAUGUUGAGAACAACAUUGUUUCAGUGGAGAGAAUCCUUGAAUACUCCAAGUUAAAGCCAGAAGCUCCAGAAAUCAUUGAAGACCAUAGACCACCAACCGUUUGGCCACUGAAGGGAGAAAUAUCUUUCAAUAACUAUUCAACUAAAUACAGACCAGAGUUAGAUUUGGUGUUGAAAAAUAUUAACUUAUCAGUCAAAUCCAAGGAAAAGAUAGGUAUUGUCGGAAGAACAGGUGCCGGGAAAUCAUCAAUGACAUUAGCCCUUUUUAGAAUAAUCGAAAAAGUAAGUGGUGAUAUUGUAAUUGACGAUAUUGAGACUAGCACAAUUGGAUUGAGAGACUUGAGAGAAAGACUUUCAAUCAUUCCGCAAGAUUCGCAGGUCUUUGAAGGGUCAAUAAGGUCUAAUUUGGAUCCUACAAAUAUUUUCACCGAUGAUCAAUUGUGGCGAGCUCUUGAAUUAUCUCACUUGAAGGAUCAUGUUAACAAAAUGUACAAUGAUGCUGAUGAUGUGGAUGAUAUCGAAUCACCAUUGUAUGUGAGAGUAAGUGAAGGGGGUUCCAACCUUUCGGCUGGACAAAAGCAAUUAAUGUGCUUAGCCAGAGUUUUGUUAAAAUUGGAAACCUCUAACAUUUUGGUUCUAGAUGAAGCUACUGCUGCUGUGGAUGUUGAAACUGACCAAAUAUUACAACAAACUAUACGGACUGAAUUUAAAGAAAAAACUAUUAUUACAAUUGCCCAUAGAUUAAACACAAUUAUAGACUCAGACAAAAUAAUUGUUUUAGAAAAGGGAGAAGUCAAGGAAUUUGACUCCCCAGAAAACUUACUUAAGGAUAGCUCGUCAUUAUUUUACUCUUUGUGUAAACAAGGGGGGUUUGUCGAGUGA